AUGCCCGACCACCAGUAUACAUGCGUUACGCUGGUUACAAUUUGGACCUAUGAUUACAUUAGUUCACUUCACGAAGAGUGGACAUUCCUGCUUCGGUCGCGUUGGACUAAGGUCAAAGCUCUUUAUAUCAUUGCACGAUAUGUCCCCUUUUCCCUCGUCGCUGCGGACCUAUAUAUGAUCUUCGCCCCAGACAAGGAUGCUGAUGCUAAAUGCUGGAUGUUGAUGAAUAUUUACUCAUGUCUAGGGGUAGUAUCACUCACUUUCUCUGAAUGUAUUUUUAUACUCAGAACAUACGCGCUUUGGAACCAAAAUCGAAUUGUACUCGUAGCCAUGCUGUCCGCCCUCUUUGCUAUCACUGUAUCAUUCAUCGGCUUUUGGUUUGCCACUUCUGAUGCUACGACUAGCACGAUCUCAGGAACCGUAGGCUGCUCCUGGAACAUGCGCAUUAUUUAUUUUUCCAUGCCAUUUCUUCCCUCGUUUGUGUUUGCACUAGGACUGUUCUUUCUCGCACUCAUACGUGUCAUACAGAGCUGGCGGACAGCCAGGGGCCCUCUGGGCGCCAUCCUAGUGAAGCACAAUAUGUUUUACUACGCAUGCACCAUGAACGUCCUCACGCCAGUGCUGUUUUCCUAUGUUUCCGCAAACUUCCUCGAACGUUUUCAGGUCUUUAUCCUUGCAAUACUCGCCACGCGCAUGCACCUCCAUCUCUGGCAUGACUACUGGCACGCGCACAACCCUGAUGCCCUCGUAUGUAUUUCCAUGUCCGACAUGUUACCUGCAGACCUCAUCAGCGGAAAGAAUCUUCAAGUCCCGUCCGAGCGCGUUCCCGCUGGCAUUUACGUGUCCAUCAAUGUCGACUCGAGGAGACGCUGGAAAUCGGCCAUCAGUGUCCUGUUAUCUGAUGAAUCUGUAGCGUGGGGGGAUACUGUAACUCUAUCAUCAAAUGCCUCGCCUGCAUUGUCGAUGGAGAUCAGGGCAUCCUAUGAGCUUGGUCGAAUGCUAGGCGGUAGAGAGGUCAUCGGGAAACUUCAAAUGUCGUGGGAUGAGCUACUCGAUCAUGGAGAUCACCCAUUUGAUCUAUCGUUCCGAGCCGUGCGCGGUGUCAAACCUUCUAUCACACUGAAGGUUGCUGUUGUACAUGCUUGGGACGAUCAAAAUGACGCACUGUUUGAUCCCCUCAUAGACUGCGAGAUUGCUCGAGACGCAGAUGCGGGCCACGCACAAUUUGCCUCAUACAUGAAAAGCGAGAAUGUCUCUGACUUGAACGAUGCUAUGGAGCAUUUUCAGUUGGUUCUGAACCAGUGUCCGGUCGGCCAUCCAGACCACGCAACGGCUCUCACCAAUCUCGCGUGGGUUCGCCUUAAGGGCUACAUCCGAAAUGAUGUUCAAGACAUUGAUACAGCAACUUGCCUCUUCCGCGAUGCCCUUGCAUUGCGUCCGCAGCACCAUCCCGAUCAUCCCUUGUCACUAUAUAAUCUCACCCAAGCGCUAGCUUGGCGCCACUCCAGGAAAAGUACUGCUGCAGACAUCUGCGAAGCCGCCCAACUCUAUCAUGAGCUACUCCCUCUCUGUCAAGAGGGCACGUACCUUCACGCAUCCGAUGAAGGCAUCCACCUUCAAAGAGUCAUCCUCGACCUCUGUCCUCUGGGCCAUCGACUUCGUCCCAUCACCCUUGACAAGCUAGCACGAGCAGUCAGAGCACGUUUUGAUCAGCACGGCAGCAUCGAUGAUCUUGACACGAGCAUACAGCUUCAUCGCGAAGCCGUGUCUCUGUGUCCCGAGGGACAUGCUGAUCGUGAUACCUACCUAAACAACUUGGCUCAUUCACUCAUGUCCCGCUUUAAGCACCAAGGCAAUACUAGUGAUCUCGAUGAGGCCAUCUGUUUGCACGAUGAAACGCUGCGGCAUCGUAAUUACUCAUUAGACAACCUAGGGGGCGACCGUUUCAAGAAACGCGGCGACAUUGAAGACACGACCCGAACUAUCAGCCUCUAUCGUGAGAUACUGACGUUGUGCCCGUAUGGGCAUCAAUGUCGUGACACCACGCUUAACAACCUUGCGCUCUCGCUCCAACACAGAUAUGACGUAUCACAAGUGAGCGAGGAUCUUAACGAGGCCGUUGUUUGGUAUCGUAAAUCCCUUCGGUUAAAGCGGCUUGGCCACCCAGGGCGUCAUGUAACUCUUUCCAAUCUGAGCUCAGCGCUCUGCUCUCGUUUCAAGCAAACUCAGAAGAAUGAAGAUGUUGAGGAGGCCAUUGCUCUUGGCCAAGAACCAUUGGCAGCUCUGUCUUCACUGCACCCGGACAGGCACUUAAGCUAUAUGUGCCUGCAGGAAGCCUAUCUGUCUCGUUACCAGAUUUUACAUGAUCCUGCUGAUUUGUCGCUUGCAAUGGAGAACUUCAGACUCGCAUCAAAACAUCCUACUCAAGGGUUCCCAGAACGCAUCAUUGGCGCAUUUAAUUGGACCGUUGCAGCGGAGCAGCAUGGUCAUGGAUCCGUGCUGGAAGCCUACUCAACAUUUUUUGAGCUUCUGGAUGCUCAUUUGGCCACACGGUCUUCGGCAACUUCACGGCGUGAAGCUGCCGCUGCCUUCAAUGGUGUCAGAUCGCUGCCUGUAGAUGCAGCAUCGUGUGCCAUCCGCAAUCACAAUCUACGACACGCAGUCGAACUCGCAGAGCAGGGCCGUGGCCAGCAAUGGUCGCUGGCCUCCAGACUCAGGACGCCAAUUGAAGACCUUGAGUCAGCAAAUCCGGCACUGGCGCAUAAUUAUUUGGAGCUGAGCAAGCGCGUUUCCGAUGCCGCACAGAGUUCUACAACAAUCAGCGACAGAGCUGCUGCUGAUCGGGCGGCGAUAGAGUACAGGAGACUUACAAGGCAAUGGGAAGCUGCUGUCGCUGAGAUACGUGAUCUUCCGGCGUUCUCGCGGUUCCUGCUCCCACCUUCAUACUCAGACCUGCAAGCGGCAGCCCGUCAGGGCCCGGUUAUCAUCUUCAUUGCUAGUCAAUACUCAUGCAGCGCCAUCAUCGUUUUGCCAUCAGGAGACCCCCAUCAUGUUCCCUUACCAUCUGUCACUCUCGCAGAUCUGACCAUUCUCAAGGACCGCAUCGUCAGGGCAAUACGACACACAUCUACUCUGGGCCCAAACGUGCCGCGAAACGAUCUAAUAAUCCUCUUGCGGACAGUAUGGGACGAGAUCAUGCUACCCAUUGUCAACGUGCUCGAGCACGUCCUCAAACUAAAGCGCCGCUCUCGAAUCUGGCUGUGUCCCACUGCAGUUUUCACGUCCAUUCCUCUCCACGCAGCUCACCCGUUUCAAACCAACCCAGAUGGCUCUAGGGAGCCAUGCCUGGAGGAUCUAUAUAUCUGCUCUUACACGCCCACACUUUCGGCUCUGGUCAGAUCCAGACAGAUGAUGAAGAAGCGCGUCACUCCAUCCUUCGUGACAAUCGGACAGGGUCAACCGGGUGCAGGGAAAGGCAAGGCGCUCUUGGCUGUGGACAGCGAACUCGAGCUUGUCCAUAAGCUUGUCCCUGCGACGGCCAAACACACUACUAUUUCUGGCGACACAGCUACACGAGCAGGUGCGCUCGAAGCUUUGCAGCAGAACACCUGGGUGCACCUAGCUUGUCAUGGCAAGCAGGACCCAAAGCAGCCUUACAAUUCGCAUUUCGUCAUGAAAGAUGAACAUCUGACGCUGCUCGAUAUCAUGGAGAGAGAUAUUCCGCAGGCCGAGUUCGCGUUCUUAUCAGCAUGUCAUACCGCUGUGGGCGAUGAGGAGACACCCGACGAAGUGAUUCACCUCGCAGCUGGUCUCCAGUUUUCAGGGUUCAAGAGCGUUAUUGGGACGCUGUGGCAGGUGGACGACUCUGUCGCAAAACACGUCGUCAAAGCCUUCUAUGAGAAUAUGUUCCAAGAUUUGAAGGAUGGAGGUGUGAUGGACUGUACGAAGGCGGCCUGGGCGCUGAACCGUGCUACGCACGCCACGAAGAUGAAAGUUCCGUUGGAGCAGAAGAUGGGUUUCGUUCAUAUUGGUGUGUAG